UCUGACCACCUCCGUCCAGGAGCUCAACGCGCCGUCCAAUACCCAGUACUUUCCACCUAAUUUUCGCUUUGUCUUUGCGUUUGCUGCAAUUUACUCGCGCAAGGUCUCAGAGCUAUGGCGGCACCUUCAUCAGCAGCUGAUAACAGGGUGCUGCUGCUUCGACGCGCUGAGAGCGAGUCGGCGAGCAUCAAAGUUGUCCUUGGCUCCUGCAAGGUAUGGCCUCCGACGGCAGCAGCCACCUCACACCAAAGAACCAGUCGCAGCAACUCGGACUGCCGCAGGCGAAUUCGAUAUCUUUUGCAGCCGAGGGUGGGGCCAGCGCCGUAAGCCUUGAUAGUCCUGCUCGUGCACCAGCGAACUCAUUCGUCUCAGGCGCCGUCUUCUCGCACGUCUUCAAAGCGUUGAUGUCGCUCGACGAGGAGUCCUCGACGCUGCUGCUGUUCGACUCAACGCCAAAUGCGAAAGCGACAAUCUCGCUCUUCGUGUGCAUGGCCUUCCCCAUGAACUUCGGUCCGAGCACGACAACGUCCGUGAUCACUGGGGGGGGGGGGCUGCUCCUGAUGCGACACCGCCCGGCGCGCCGCGGCCUAACCCGCACGGGAGGCAAGAUCGGCGCGAUCAUAGGCCAUUAUGAGCCAGUCCUUGAUCUUCGGCGACGGACAUCUGACUAUCGCGAAAACGCUGGACCGUGGAUCUUCGUGCCUUUUAUGGCGACGGGCUUCCAGGAUACAUUACUCCUGGAGAUAAGUCAAGCGACGCCCGAGAAGAUGACGCAUGACCGGCAAAACCAGUUCAUUAGGAGUCUCACGCGCACCCUUCAAGCAUGUUCGUGACAGCAAUGUCAGUGCUGCAUCGGCCGCUGGUCGCCCUAAAUUCUCUGGCGGCCCCUCCAGCAUAACCAAAAGGUCCUUCAACACAUGAUCCCGCCAUGUGAAGCCCGUUCUCGCUCAACGUGGCGCUUUCCCACCUGCCCGCCGUCUGCAAAACAUCUGUCUUCCCAUAAUUCCCGUUGAUCCCGAGCAAUGAUUCCUGGUAGCGGUAGGCGCCGGCUCGUUCGGUAUGGGAUUCCUCCCUACACUAGUGCGAAGCCCUGGAUCGAAGUCUGUUAUCGUAUGGUACGUU